CUCCCUAUUAUCCAUACUUAAACCCUAGAAGCCUGUGUCUGAAGGCAAGUAAAGGCCUUGUUGUCCAAAGGGAUGCUGAGGAGGACCAGAGUGAGGAGAAUGCUGUCCUGGGAUCAUGGAGGAUGCUCUGAAAGACCAGAGGUUCAGGACCAUGUGAUUCUGCAUCUCUAGCCAGAGGAGAUGGUUCAAGAAUCCCUCCCCUGACGAGCCUGAGGCGGACUCCAAGCCUCAACAGGAAUCAGAACCUGAGGCUGUGCUUUUUUGCAUCCGUCUGAGUUUUCUUCUGUCUGUCCUGGGAACACUGCUAUAUGCUGGUAUCCAGUUCUAGUCUACAUGGAUGGAAGCAGAAUGAAAGGACUAAAGAUAAACCUGAAGAGAAGGGUGCAAAACCAAAGCAUGUACCUAGCAACAGAGGAGUCCAGGCUGAAAGCAAGGAGUCUUUGGAAGGUAUAGAGCCCAAAGGAGAAGAAAAGUUGGAUGAAAAUAAUGGAGCAUGUGAAAAAGUAAAUUCUUUCAAUGCUGUAGUCUCCAAAGUUGACUCCAGUCCACAAAUUAAAGAAAGGAUAACACAGCUGCAAACAAUAGCAGAUUCUGGCAAAACAAAUAGCUCUAAGAAUUGUCAACCACAAAAGGACACUAUAAUUACAGCUUUGAUUCCAAACCAUGAUCUUUCCUUCAUAAAUCAUGGCCCCGUGGGGAACAAGAAUGUUAUUGCUGAAGGAAUUGAUAAGGACAGAGCACCAGGACUGGAAGAACACCACAGAAAGCCUAUUAAUCAGAAAUCAAAAGAAAGUGAAAACAAAGCCUCUACACUCAGUACUAUGACCAUGGAAACGGUGCCAUCCACAUCAAAGUCUGUAUCCAGAGCAGGGUGUGAAGUGAUACGUACAAGGAUUUCCAUCAAUGUGCAGAUGACUGACACUCAAGAAAAGUUUCCAGUGGCCAAGGAAGGAAGCAUUGGUGGUCACGGAAGUACAAGUUCCAAAGUAAAAUCCCCUUUCUCCACACCACUGGAAGUUGAAGGUGUUAAACAUCUGACUGACAAAUUUAAACAGAAUCCAUGUCCCCCAAACACCAGAACUGACCCAAUUCAAGAAGUAAAAGGGGUGAAGCUUGCUAAUAAACACAAUGAACAAGAACUCAAAUUAGGGAAGCCACAGAUGCUAUUGAACAAAGUCUCAACUGAUAAAAAGCCCCUAGAGAAAUCAGAGCUAAAUUGCAACUCCAUAUCCUCUCAAAGCACAACUGAAAACUGUACUAAAAAAGAUCUUGGGGCCAAAAUGAAAAGUCAUAAAGAAACAAGAAAGACAAAGAAAGAAUCCACAAAGGAUGCUAGAGCUGAAUUUGAAUUAAAAUGUGUGGAAUUAGAAAGCACAUACGCAGGACAAAAAGAAGACAAUGCAAAUCAAUGUACAGGAGAGGCACCAGAAAACACUACAUCAGUAGGAGCCAGCAAAGCAUUUGGCAAGCAGAAUGAAGGAGUCAUUGAUGACAGCCCUCCUCCUCCUGCUCCCUUUGAACAUCGGGUAGUGAGUGUCAAACAAACAGAGAUAACAACAUGCUACUCAGUGUGCCGGCAUGAAGUAUUAGGAGGGGGGCGUUUUGGUCAAGUUCACAAGUGCACAGAGGUGUCAACUGGUCUUAAUCUGGCAGCCAAAAUAAUAAAAGUGAAAGGAGCAAAGGAGAGGGAGGAAGUGAAAAAUGAAAUAAACAUCAUGAACCAGUUAAAUCAUGUGAAUCUGAUCCAGCUUUAUGAUGCUUUUGAAUGCAAGAACAACCUCACCUUGGUCAUGGAAUAUGUUGAUGGUGGUGAAUUAUUCGACCGAAUCACAGAUGAAAACUACCAUCUAACUGAGUUGGAUUCAAUCCUUUUUACCAAACAAAUAUGUGAAGGAGUCCACUACAUACAUCAGCAGUAUAUUCUCCAUUUAGACCUGAAGCCUGAAAACAUAUUGUGUAUAAAUCGCACAGGAAACCAGAUUAAAAUUAUUGACUUUGGUUUAGCAAGGAGGUACAAACCUCGUGAGAAGCUGAAAGUUAAUUUUGGCACUCCUGAAUUCCUGGCUCCCGAAGUGGUGAACUAUGACUUUGUUUCGUUCCCAACUGACAUGUGGAGUGUAGGCGUCAUCACGUACAUGCUGCUCAGUGGCUUAUCGCCAUUCCUAGGAGAAACAGACGCAGAGACAAUGAAUUACAUAGUGAACUGCAGCUGGGAUUUUGAUGCAGAGGCAUUUGAACAACUCUCAGAAGAGGCAAAAGACUUUAUUUCCAAACUCCUUGUGAAGGAGAAAAGUUGCAGGAUGAGCGCAGCACAGUGUCUGAAACACGAGUGGUUAAAUGAUCUGCCUGCCAAAGCCAAGAAAUCCAAGCUUUGCUUGAAGUCCCAGUUGCUGCUACGAAGUUACAUGGCUCAGAGAAAAUGGAAGAAACAUUUCUAUGUGGUUGCUGCUGCCAAUCGGCUGAGAAGGUUUCCGAGCAUGUCUGUCAACCUUGCAUAAGCUGCUGUGGAAGAGCUAUAGGCCUUAGAGCUAGAGAUGAAGCAGAGAGAAAAGGACUGGAUGUUUCUCUCUCUUCCCCCACCACUUCUGCCAUCCUCAUGUUAUGUAUCAUGUGUGCGCUUAGGUACCAGAACUGCCUCAGAGCACAACAAUAUAGAAUGAAUUUUACUAAUCUUUAUUAAACAGGAGUUUCCAUAGUUCUGUUUUACAAGCUCUCAGCUAUUGGACAUAGUGAUACAUAAAUAUUCGAGAUACAACUCCACUCCUAGCUAUGAUGAUAUGCUCAUAAUUAGCAGCUAAGUUCCCUGAGUGGUACCCAUUUCGUUUGGAAGUCUUUGAUUAUUUAUCUGGCUCCCAAGGGUGGAGUAUAGCAGCAAGCACUGCUCAGCAGCAGUGGCAUACCUUAAGACUUUCUGUGUUAAUGAGGUGCUAUACUAUCACUUUUAGGGCAUUGCAACAGUGGUGAUAGAUUUGGAGGGAUAACAGUGCUAUAGUUUCCCCAAAGAAAAUUUUUACUUAAAGCUAAAUACCCAGGGACAAAACUGAGGUUCAGAAAUGCGGUUUUUCUACAUUUCUUCUAACGGGGUUGAUUUUUUUUUCUGUCUCUUCCCCCCACCCACUGCCUUUUUUUUUUUUUUUUUUUUUUUUGCACAGAAGCAUCACAAUAAUGCAUGGCAAACUAGUCAGAGUAGAAAGAAAAAGUGUCUUCCACAUUAUCCUUUAAAACAAAAUCCACUGCUUUCAGAGAGAUUUAAAACCUGGCACAAGUUAAGACAGAUUGUCCCCUACUGCUCUAUUUUUAUAAUGGGUCAAACAGAUUAAAUAGCUCUUCUAGGUUGGUAUGAAUCUAGGUUCAACUGCCACAAAUGAAAAAGAAUUGGGAUGACAAUCUGGUGGAUACAGUACUGUGCAGUUAGGUGUCACCUCCUCCCCAGGAACAGAGGUUUUCUAAGUUUAUAGUUGAGUUCAACACUUCUGCCAAAUACCAUGAAGUCUAACAGAUGAACUGGUUUUUGUUUCUGUUCAGCUGCUGGGGAGGGGAGGGACAGAGGAGGAAGGAUCAGUGAAUUGCCAGCCUUUGACUCUCUUCCAGUCACAUGGGAACUGUUGCCCUUUUUCUGAUUGUUUAAAAACAAAUAUUAAUUGGUAUUGUGAAGAAAAAGGUUAAUUUA